CUUCCCUGUCCGCCCCUGCCUCCCGGAGACGCUCCUAUAAAAGGGCUGAGCAGCUCCGCUCCUCUCACUGGGGGUGUGAGGAGCAGGGGGGACCAUGGACUUCUUCAGCAUUCAGCAGUUGGUAAGUGGAGAAAGAGUUGAAAGGAAAGUGUUGGGGUCUGGAUAUGGAGUUCCUGAUCCCGGAGGCUGGCCUGGUGACUGGAGGAUGGGAUCCCAAGAGGCUGUGGCCCAGGAGAAGCUGAAAUUGGAAGAAGAGAAGAAGAAGAAACUGGAAAGGUUUAACAGUUCCAGACUUAAUCUGGAGAACAUGGCUGACUUGGAAAACUUAGUUCAAAGACGGAAAGAAAAGCGACUGAGACGCAGAGUCCCCCCCAAAAAACCUGAGCCCGUGGUUAAGCCCCAGGCCCAGGUGGAGACUGUGGACCUGGAGAUGUUCCUGAAGGCAGCUGCUGAGAACCAGGAUGCCCUGAUCGACAAGUUCCUGACAGACGGAGGGGACCCCAAUGCCCAUGACAAGCUCCACCGCACGGCCUUGCACUGGGCCUGCCUGAAGGGUCACAGCCAGCUGGUGAACAAGCUGCUGACGGCGGGCGCCACUGUGGACGCUCGGGACUUGUUGGAUAGGACACCCACGUUCUGGGCCUGCCGUGGAGGACACCUGGACAUCCUCAAACAACUGCUUAAUCAGGGAGCCCGGGUCAAUGCCCGGGACAAGAUCUGGAGCACCCCCCUGCACGUGGCUGUGCGUACCGGGCACUCUGACUGCCUGGAGCACCUCAUCGAGUGUGGUGCCAACAUCAAUGCACAGGAUAAGGAAGGGGACACAGCCCUCCACGAGGCUGUGCGGCACGGCCACUACAAAGCCAUGAAGCUGCUGCUGCUCUACGGGGCCAAGCUGGGAGUGCAGAACACGGCCUCCAUGACCCCAGUGCAGCUGGCACGAGACUGGCAGCGUGGCAUCCGGGAAGCCCUGCAGGCCCACGUGGCGCAUCCCCGCACCCGGUGCUGACCACAGCGCC